GAGGCGGUCACGUGGGAGCAGGCGGAGGCCGGCGCCUCGGAGCGGGAGCGCGGGGAGGCGCUGGCCCUCCUGAGGCGCCAGCUGGCGAUCGCGGUGGAGGACUUGAGCGCGACGACCUCCUGCUGCAGGUCUCCGCGGCGGUGCGGCGGAGCGCGGAGACGACCGCCUACAGUGCGGGGCCGCGCACGAGGCCGAGGCGCUGCUGCGGGCGCGCGCCGAGCGGCUCGCGGAGCAGCUGGCGGCCGCCGAGAAGGAGAGCGGCGAGCUCAGCCGCAGCCUGGCUGAGGAGGCGCCGCGAGCGUGCCGACCUGGAGCAGCAACUCGUGGCGAUGAG